AUGUUCAUCUCGUCCUUGCUCCCCGGCCUCCUAGCAGUAGCCACUAUCGUCUCCGCCACCCCAGCCAACAAUCAGCGCGUUCACUAUGUCAUCAUCGGUGCAGGGCCGGCGGGAUAUGUGACGGCGGAAAAGCUGACGCAGAACCCUCGGGUGAUGGUGACUCUGCUGGAAGCCGGCCCUGAUGGCAGCACGGAUCCUCUGAUCACCACUCCGGCGAAGUUCUUCGAUACACAGGAGUACAUGUGGCCGUACAAUACCCAGCCAGAGCCCAACCUUGGGGGACUGACGCCGAAUCUGUGGCAGGGUCGGAUGUUGGGGGGAGGUUCCGGUGUCAAUGGCAUGCUAUACUGUCGGGGCUCUGCAUCGGUCUUCGAUGAAUGGGCGGAGAUCUCGGGAAAUAAAGGACUGGCAUGGCGGUCCCUUCUGGAGGACUUCAAGAAGACGGCCCACUACCGGUCUGAUCCGACCGAUUCUGAUUAUGCACAAGUGGUGGACCAGCAGGCGUUUGGCGACGGGCCUCUAGAGAUCACCCGCGCGCGGAAGCUCGUGUCGUUCGACGAGCCCUUUGCCAAUGCGCUCAAGAACACGCUGCACCUGGACGAGAUCGACAUGAUCUCCGGCACCGGGAUCGGGGUCAGUCUGGGACUCGAGACCAUUCGCGCCUCCAAUCGCACCCGGUCCUACGCUGUCAACGCAUAUGGCGAUCGCAUGGCAGGUCGACCCAAUUUUCGACUGAUCCAUGACGCCUGGGUGCAACAUAUCGGCUUCCACCGGCAGACGGCUCAGAAUGUCGUGUACACCAACCGUAGGAACCAGACCUUGACCAUCCAAGCCGACGAGGUCAUUGUGGCGGCCGGCGCCAUCAACUCUCCGCAGCUGCUGAUGUUGUCUGGCAUCGGGCCCAAGGAGAAGCUCGCCGCGUUGAAGAUCCCCCUCGUCGCCGACAUUCCGGAGGUGGGAGGCAACCUCUAUGACCACCACUACUCCGUGAUGCAGUUCCAGGCCGCCGCCAGCGUUGAGACUGCCUGGCAGUGGUCAGAGAAUGCCACCGGGGCAGCCAUCGCGCAGGCUCAGUAUACUCGGCAUGGAGGGGGCCCUCUCGGACGCAACAACGGCGACGUAUACGGUGCCCUGCGGCUGCCGGACGCGGUCUUCGAGGCCGUCAACAGCUCGCAUUAUCUUCAAUUGCCCCGGGGACCGACCCCAUGUGAUCUAUGA